GUAUUUUGAUAAUCUAGGAACAAGCAAAAAGACAAACACAGACAAGGUCCAACGAGGAAUAUUAGAUCCAUCGAGAAGUGCCGACGUAAAAUCUACCCUAGUUCUGCUAGUUCUCGUUUUUCUGAGCAUACGGGAGACUCAACAGAAUAGCAGCUUGGUUUCGCGAUCCACCGUAAACUCGUAUCUUUUUUGCCGAAAAAGUGGAUAUUAACCUCCGAAAAAGUGGAUGCUAACCGAGAACAGAGGGCGUCUCAACGUCGAGAGACUUUCGCAGAGCAUCACGACUAGGUCGAGAAAGCAAUAGGAAGCAUGUCGCUCAAAUCAGGGACACUUCCAAAGGCGCCCUUCGAGAAGAAGCCGAAGAAUCAUGGGCUAAAGUAUUGUGACUGUUGAAUCUAAUGAUCCAUCGUAUGAAUUAUAUGCAAGGACCUACCUGAGACUUACUGCGUGUUGCUGUGACUACAGUAGUCUUGUUUCUAGAGGAACCGAUCGAUGAUGAUCUGACUACCUUUUAUCCGGCCAAAAAAACAGGUAUUCGUACGUGCCACAUGCGACUGAUACUGGCAGCUCAUUGAGCAAAGUGGCGCAAAAGGAUAGUGACAGAGUCGUGGUGCGAAGGAGAGACGAACUCUUCAAGCGAGUGAAGAUACAAACACUAGCACAGCAUGUCAGGGACCACUACCUCGACCGAGAAAGUACGGAGAGCGUCUAUGCACUAGGUGGAGCGACGCCGGGCGCAGCAAUAAGCCCAAACUCAGUCGUCGUGGAUUCGGAGACACAGGUAUGAUAUCUUCAGUGCUAGGACUUGCUAAACUCUAGGUAUUAGGAUGUUGAACCACCUCACAUCCACAUGGUCGUUUUGGUAAACGAGAAAGAACUUCUGUAAUUCAACCCACCGUAAUCUAAGAACUAUUGACAAGAAUAUAAUUUUGAGGGAGCAAGACUUCAAACGCACCUUUCUAUCAGGUAAAGCCAGACACACUUUUAAUUCUUGACGUGCGAGACGAGUCCGAGUACGAAAAGUGCCAUCUAUCGCAUGCAAGAAGUUAUCCGAGACAAAUGCUCGCACAUGACAAAAUAUCAGCGGAGCUCUACGGGUUCAAGAGUACGACUGCAACAGCGUCUAGUCAGAAAAAGCUCGUCAUCUACGACACAGACGACAAAGCGACAGCGAAAAUCGCAACAACGAUGGUCGAAAAAGGAUUCGCAAACGUUUAUGCGCUUAGUGGCGGCUUUGAGGAGGUAGUAAAAGCUAAAAAUUAUAGAUUGUACUGAAGAUUUCUUUGAGGGCAUGGCGAGCAAUAGGGAGAAUCAAAAAUCUCUUUUAUAAGCGUAAAGAUCGAAUUCAAAUCCGUCUUAUUGAUUCAAACCUUUUAUAGGUCGUCGAUUCGCUACCCGACAUGCUACUGGGUCAGCUUCCUCCACGGGCAUUGGCAGCUAGUAGGCCUGGGAGUAGCUGUAGCCGGCUCUCUACCGUCAGUCGAUUUACGCAAAUGUCGACACGAAGAUGAGUUCGCCUCCCGCUGCGGGCUUACAUACUUAGUUAUCAUGAACAAGGAAAGAGAGAAAAUGGAAAAUCAUAAGUAGGCGCUUCUUUAAUUAAUGAAUUGCUGAAUUUUAUCUAUCAGUACCUCCGACAUAUUUACGGCCAAGAGAAGGUUGCCUUUCCCAACAUAAUUCAGGAAAUUGCGCAUAAAAAAAAACUCAAUUGCAUGUUGCAGUUGACAGUGUAUCUUUUGUGUUUCAAAAGGGCCAGGCCAAGACUCAUUACGGGUGAAGAAGGACGGAGACGAAAAGCGCAAGCAUGUUUCGUCACGCGUUUGUUUGUAUUCUGGUAAGUUAAACA